AUGAGCGUCAACAGAGAAACCAAUAGCGAUUCGUCGAGUGAGAAGGGGGGGGUCUUUGAUACAAACACUGAUAAAAAGAUUGAUAUCGGAUUCAAGAAGACUUUGAUAUUGGCUUUUCAAUCGAUCGGUGUCAUCUAUGGAGACAUUGGAACCUCGCCUUUAUACGUAUACACCGGUAUUUUUUCCGAUCCGCCAGGUGAUAGUAGAGAUGUUGUUGGUGUCUUGUCUUUAAUAAUUUGGUCUUUGACAAUAGUGACAUUGAUCAAAUAUGUCUUCUUUAUUUUGAGAGCCGAUGAUAAUGGAGAAGGCGGGACUUUUGCUUUGUAUUCACUAUUAAGUCGACAUUCCGGGAUAUCAAUUCGAGGAGAACUACGCGUCGAUGAUUUAACAACCACAGAUUAUGACGCUAUUUCCACACACAGUCGCAAUGAAAAACCAAAUUUUAUCAAAAGAAGCAAGAUUGUGCAAAGAGUAUUGCUCGUUGUUGUUUUAUUCGGAACAUCUUUGGUUAUGAGCGAUGGGUUACUCACACCCGCUAUAUCGGUAAUUUCUGCCGUCGAGGGUAUUGCAGUUCCGGCGCCACAUCUAAUUGAUGCGGUCGUUCCCAUUAGCUGUGCUAUUAUUGUUUUUUUGUUUCUGGGACAGAGUUUCGGCACAGGAAGGGUUGGUGGUUUUUUCGCACCCCUCAUUUUUCUUUGGUUUCUCUCUCUUGCCAUUAUUGGAGUGUGGAAUAUUACAAAGUAUCCAGCCGUUCUAAAAGCCUUAAACCCCUAUCACGCUAUCAAUUACUUUUCCCGAAAUGGUGGGCCGAGCUUCGAAGUUCUUGGCGGUGUUCUUUUGGCCAUCACAGGGGUAGAGGCAUUGUAUGCUGAUUUAGGUCAUUUUAAUCGCACCUCCAUCCAAAUUUCCUUUCCGUUUCUUGUUUACCCGUCUUUACUGCUAGCCUAUAUGGGCCAAGGAGCUCGCCUUAUCUUGGAUCCUAAUGUGAUUACGAAUACAUUUUGGAAAACUUUGCCGGCUUCCGAUGGUCCAAUCUAUUGGAUUAUAUUUGUCUUGGCCACCGUGGCUACGAUCAUCGCUUCUCAAGCUAUGAUUUCUGCCACCUUCUCGUUGAUUCAUCAGGCGAUGCAGUUAGACUGCUUCCCAAGAGUUAAGAUUGUACACACUUCCAAAAGCGUUGCAGGGCAAAUUUAUAUUCCAGAGGUAGAUAUCGUCGUACUUUUAUUUUCGCAGGGUGCAAUGGUGGUAACCUUGAUUUUUCUUUCGCCUUUAGAUCAAUUAUCUUCUAAUGAUCUUCAUCGUGAUCAUUGUGAUCAUAUUCAAGCGCAAGCCUGGCUGUGGCUUAUGGCAAGUGUGGCUGUGAGCAGUGUUAUGUUCAUAUCAACUAUACUCUACACACUUGUUUUGGUUCUUGUUUUUCGGCUUCCAAUUUUUGUGGCAGUCUCCUUCUUCUUGGUAUUUGGACUCAUUGAUGUGUCAUUUCUGAGCGCGACUCUAUUGAAGGUCUCUUCCGGUGGUUGGUUCACUCUAACUAUCGGUGUUUUAUUGUGCUUAUUAAUGUUAUUGUGGCAAUGGGGAACGACACGUACAAUUGAAUUCGAGCUUGAUCGCGAGACUCGACUUGAUAAAUUAUUCGAUAACAUCGCUUCGGACGAGCUCACGCUCAUUGAAGACCAAGACGAUGAAAACAUAGUAAAUAGUGGAGGGAGGCUUCAGCUCUUUAAAACAAGUUUUGUUGUCAAUCGCCUCCCUGGUAUUAGUCUUUUUUAUAAAGAAGUUGGCGUGGGAGUCCCACUGACCUUCAGUCACUUUGUCCAACAUUUUCCUGCCAUCGCCGAAACUCUCAUUUUCAUCACGAUCUUCCCGGUGCCUGUUCCCAUAGUCAGUGAGGAGAGUAAAUUGGUUGUACGAAAAAUCAGGAAUUACGAAGGGAUAUAUCAAGUAAUCGCGAGGUAUGGUUACAUGGAGGAUGUUUCUCAGGGCGACAAGUUCAUCGAGAAGCUGGUUAACGCACUUUGCAAGGUCGAUCCUACCAGCACAUGUUUGUCGAAAGGCAUCAAAGACACGACGGUCACUUAUGUAUUAAGUCAGUACUCAAUUAUUUCGAGACCAAAUUCUGCGUGGUGGAAACGCGCUUUGGUGAAUGGAUACAUCUUCCUUAUGAAUAACUCUCGUCGAAUACAUGAUAGUUGGCAUAUACCUGUCGAAGAUGUAGUCGACAUUGGCAUAAAGGUUCCUAUUUAG